UAUAAACAAAUGUCAAUUGUUAAUACAGUUGUAUUUUAUCAGUUGUGUAUAUAAAUACAUGAUUUGCUAAAUAUUUUUGCAUAACUUUCUUCAUUAGCUUCAAAGAACUUUACCGCAAACAAUGUCUGACAAAUACAUCGUGCGAUCAAACCGUUUACCGCUGGAUGUGCUCAACAUCUCUAUGUCUGAGUUUGUUUGGAAUAAUCUACAGAAUCUCAAUCCCGACAACAUUUGCAUUAUCGACUCAACAACAGAUACAAAAUUAACUGUCAAAGAGUUGAUCACUAAAUCCAAUGCAUUGGCGAUGGCUUUGGUGGCGAAAGGGGUCCAAAAGAGUGACACUAUUAUGACUUUCGCGGCCAAUAGUAUUGAACACAUGAUAACUUUGUUUGCGGGCGCCUUCUUGGGCACCACUUUAUACCCAAUCAGUCCAAACGCCAACCUCUAUGAGAUGGAGAGUCUGUUGGAAACGUUGGGUUCUAUGGCUAUCUUCACCUCCGCAGCCAAAGCCGAUAUCAUUGAUCAGGUUUUGGCCAAAAACAAAAAAAUCAAAACCAAAACUGUUGUCGUAUUCGACGGCGUCUACAAUGAGUUCACAACAUUUGCCGAUAUGUUGUCCAAAGGAAACAAUCAAAUGCUGCCAAAAAUCCCGUACUUUGAUGUCGACCCCAAUAAAGACAUAUUCAUAAUGCUGUUGAGCUCCGGAACCACUGGUGCGCCCAAAUCGCUGAUGACAUCUCACGUGGCUUUCAAUAUAUUGGGCUAA